AUGCCGCCACCAACACAGCAAAGACAAAAUUCAUGGUUGUCAAGAUUCACGAACUUAAUACUUACGAGUUCAGUGGUCAGAUAUGGAACUUUAAUAUUUCUUGUAGCUUUAAUCAGCGUAUUAUAUUUUGCUACCACACACCAAGUAAUGAAGACUCAGGGAUUAAAUGCAAACGUUUUUGGAGACCUAAUAACUAUUAUUCCUGAUGCAAAAAACCCCCAAAAUUUAUUUAAUAUUCCUAACAACAACUCGAUAUCUAGUGGAGGGACGAUGACUCAAAUAGGGACCUACAAAGGGAAUAAUACUGUUAAAGGACUUUUAUAUGAUCGUGGAAAUGGUUGUGUAGAUAUUAUUUCUCCUGUUAUACCUCAAGGCUAUAGCAAUCUUAGCGUAGGCUUGGUUUCAAUAAAUGAUGCAAGUUGUCAGAUCGAUACAAUAAUUAGCAAUUCUAUUAAUUAUGGUGAUAUUGGACUUAUCAUUUUAAGAGAUCCUCAAAGCAUUCAAUAUGACAAUAAUACAAAUAUGCCUAUAUUUAUUGUCGGAGACCCUUCGUUUUUGAUUGUACAGUUAACGUAUGUAACUAACAAUUAUAAUAAAACAAAAAAUGAAAAACAAGUUUUACGUGUUACAUUUACGACAGCUCAAGCUGCUCCUGUUAAUUCAUGGCUUUUUGCAAUGUUUGCCGUUGGUGGUAUCUUAGUAACAUCAUUUUUUAUUUCUAUCUUGAUUCACAUGAGACUUUACCGUUUAAGGAGGAAUCAUCAAGAAGAAAUAAGACGGCAAAGGAUAGCAGAUGAGAUUACUGGAAUGAGAAAAUGGACAUUAGAUCAAGAUGAUAUUGAUUCACUACCAGUUUUUACUUAUUCUAAGAAAACUGCGACAUCUAAUAAAAGUACAGAGGUAUCUACAUCAGAAGAAGUGGAUGAAAAAGAUAAUCCCACUGCUACUAAUAAAACUAAUGAAGAUAAUGAAAAUUCUGGUGAUAAGUCAAAUGGUGAUGUAGAGACUAAGGAAUCGUCCACUGUUCCUCAAUCACUAAGUCAUAAAUCCUCGGUACGAUCCACAAAAUCUACUAGAUCCACAAUAUCCAACAGAUCCACAAAAUCCGCACGUUCUCAAAAAGCAAUAAGUAAUGCCGUCUCUCUAUAUACAUCAACAGAUUCAACACAAAAUCAUUUAAGUUCGGAUGAUGAUUAUGAUAUGUUGUUAGAAGAGACGUGUGCUAUUUGUCUUGAAGAUUUCGAUGAUGGCGAUAAAAUACGUGAAUUGCCAUGCCGUCAUUGUUAUCAUGUUGAAUGUAUUGAUCCUUGGCUGACAACAAAAAGUAGUUCUUGUCCUUUAUGUAAAAAAGACUGCAAACCUUCCAUUGGUGGUGGGAAUAAUGAAAAUACUUCAAUCUCUGUCAAUAUUGAGAAUGAAACACAUCAAUCACAAGCUAAUCAGAACUCAAUGAAUGCUAGCCAUCCAAAUGUUGUUUUGAGGAUGGGUAGACUGCUUAGAGGGUAUUUUUCAUCACAAAACAGAGGGAGUAAUAAUACAAGAAAUCUAACUACAAAUCCUUCGGAAAAUGAAAACGGGAUGGAAUUAGAAAGUGUUCGGUCCACGAAUUAA